AUCAAUCAAUGAGGCUGUGGCAGUGAUGACAUACUUUUUAUGUGCAUUCUGCGCGAUAUCGAAACUUGUGUUCUUUUAAAUACUUCCUUUAGCAUGAGUCAUAAUCAUGUGAUUUCAAAUUCACUAUUUUUAUCCAUUUCUUCAAUAUCAAGUAUUGAUUGUAAAAAUUUAUUCUGUUGACCAUUCAAUCUUCCAUCCUAAUCUUCAAUUUUCCCUGUUUUUAUCUUCAUUUCAUUGAUGUAUAUAAUAUUUACCUUUACCAAGUUAAUUAUUACUCGAUGAUGCAGCUACAUUUAGUUUAUUAAAGAUUCUUUCUGUUCUUUUAUAUUUUGCCUUUAUUAUCUUAUCCAUUUUUUAAUCCAAAUAACAUGGAUCUUUCUAGCGUGAAAGUUCUUUCUGCACUUGCGUUGCUGCUUUUAACAUUUUUUGCAUCAAUGUUACCUUUGUGGAUAUUUAGGCAACCUUUAUCGCUUUAUGAUCCUGCGGAUAGGCACAUAAAUCGCAGAAAAAUUUUAAGCUUUCUGAGCUGUUUUGCAGGAGGAGUAUUUUUAGGUACAUGUUUAUUGCAUCUAUUUCCUGACGUUGGAGAUCAAGUUGAUCACAUAGUUAAAUCUUUAGAUUUGACUCCUUCAUAUCCCUUAAGUGAAAUGUUGUUAGGAUUCGGAUUUCUUAUUAUCUUAGUAGUUGAACAGAUAAUCCAAAGCUUCAAGCUGAGUAAUAGUUCUGAUGAAAGAGGAGCUGGAAGGAGCUCAGAAAGCGCAAGCCUCCUUGUGAACGAAGCAUUAGAGGACGGUGGUGACAGUGCCCGUUACGUAACCCAAACUUACGGCGCCGUCGUAGGAAACAACCCUCUCAGUGAAUAUAACAUAACCUUCCCACAAGAACAGCCUCAAUCUGAGUUUCGAUCUUUGCUUUUAUUAUUUGCUCUUUCCUUGCAUUCUGUCUUUGAAGGCUUGGCUAUUGGCUUACAGUCAUCAGUUCCGAAUGAGCUCAGAAUUCUUAUGGCUGUUUCUAUUCAUAAAUGUAUCAUUGCAUUUUCACUUGGUCUGAAUCUCACUCACAGUCAGAUGAGUCUGUUUAGCGUCAUUAAGAGCAAUAUAGUCUUUGCCCUGACAUCUCCUGUUGGGAUUUUGAUUGGUGUCGUAGUGAUGAAUUACGUGAAAGGCCUGGCCCUGCUCGUUACUGGUGGUGUUUUGCAAGGUCUUGCAGCUGGCACUUUUCUUUAUGUUACACUUUUUGAAGUUCUUCCGAAAGAGUUUAGCUCAGAAAGAGAUCCGGAUCGACUGCUCAAAGUUUUAUCUGUUGUCUUAGGCUAUUCACUUGUAACUUUCUUGGUGAUAGUUUUACCUGAUUAAUAUGGAUAGAUUCGUUGAUGAAUUUAUGCAAAGCACCGUGGUUGAGAUAAUCGUUUAUCAUAUAAGAGCUAUUGUUAUGAGAUUAAAAUUUGGUAUCCUUUCUAGAUAAUUGGGCAGAUGUUGCCUCAAUUUGCUCUCUAUCAGGGUACUACUUUAAGUAAGUCAGAAAAAAAAAACAUAUACUGGGACAAACUGGGUCUAAAAUAUUAACUACAUGAAGAGAGGGCAGGAUCUCCGCUGUUAAAAUCUGUGCUUAAAAUUGAAUGAAUUAAUCACUUUAUUAUUUUUUUAAAAAGACAAAUUGUUUAUUUUAAUCUUUUUUAAUAAGAUGUUAAGAUCGUUUGUUAUGCUUAUAAAUAGAAUUUGAGUUGUAAGAAUAAAAUGGUUUAUUCCUUAAGUCAUAAAACAAUUUUGGACAUACAAAGAAAAUGCACAGGUAACUAAAAAAAAAAAAAAUCAGAAUGACAGAUAUUAUGUGCCUUUCCUAUGCCUUGAAUUCUAUAUGCAUUUUUAUACUAGUCUGUUUUUGUAAUAAGUAUAUAUAACAAUUUUAUAUUUUCUUAUUUAAAAGUUAAUAAGGCAAUGAAUAAGCAAACUAUCUUUUCGCCUUAUGUUUUUUAAUUCUUUUUGCGAAAUUUGUAUAAUCUCUAGGUUGGUGCAAGAAAAGUAUAAAAACUAUGAAUAAACGUUAUCUUUUCUGUUACAUUUGGUACAUUCUGUUAGAUUGACAGCUAGUGUACAUUUAAUUUCGUAAUUACAAUGUACACUAGCUUGUUUAAUAACUUGGGUGUGUUGAAAAAUAUUUUGCUCAAUUAUUAAAUAGUCAUUUGAUUUUAAUUCCAAUGUUGAAAGGUCAUCACUAAAACCUUGUAACAUUGAAUAUUUUUCAAAGUAGAAAAUUGAUUUUAUACCUAAACUUCUCACACUUUUUAUUUUUAGAGAUUAAAUCAAGAAUAUUCAUAAGUACAUGUAAAUAGAGUUGAUUUGAUAACAUAAAUGGUCAUUUUCAAAUGUGUAGAUUCUUUCUCACGGAAAACAGAUCUUAUUCAAAUGCAAAUUUUAGUGGGCAAGAAACAAUAGCACUUUAAAUAAACUGUACACAGCGGUUUUGCAGACAAUGAUGUUUUUUUUUUCUUCGAGGAAGAGGGAAUGGAAAAAUUUGCUUUAAACUGUCAACUUUUUAUAAUAAGGUUUAGCAAUGAAAAAAAAUCUGUCAGCUUUUAUGUAAGAGAAUACUGAAAUAUUUUCUUACGAUUUUAAGAAAAGAGAUAUGCAUACUGCUCCAUGCCAUGCACUCAGUUGUACAGAAAAAAAUAAUGAUUUAAUGAUGCAUUUAUUAAUACAACUUUACUUUAUUAGGCUUUUAAGAUAAGUUAAUUUAAGGAUUUCUUUUUUUUAACAUUAGGAAUUUUCGAUAACUAAUAGGUUAUGAUCUUAUUUUAAAAGUACAUUUAAGUUUUCAUAGUUAAGUUGGCUACAGGAAAUGCUCAAAAAUUUUAUGACUUGAAAAACAAUAAUAAUAAUUAAAAAAAACUAAACCUUUUUUAUCAACAUUCUAAAAAAAUUCUUUUCUUCUUCUUAAAUAUAUAAAGUAGAUAUUUCUUAUUUGUUUGCUCUUAUUUAUCUCAUUUAUUCAGUUCCAUUUCAUUAUGAAAUGUGCAUAUUUAUGAUAUGAUUUAACAAAUUUUGUUUCAUUAUUUUAUCUACAAUAUGUUAUGUAUGACAAUGGAUUUUUUUUCGUUCUUUAAUGCUAGGAUAAUAUAUAGGAGCAGGAUAUAUAAAAUAGCAGUUCUUUUAAGAGUAUAAAAUAGUGUUAAUUUUCCACCUUUUUUAAAUAUACUUUAUUGGUAGAUAGUACAUGAUGUUGUUUUCUAUAUUAACAUCAAUAUUUUUUCCGCCAAAUUUUUAUCUUUAUACAAAAUGUUUUGUUGUGCUAAAAAUUUUACGUAAAUGUCCAGUUUGUGUGGUUUCUUUAAAAGCUUUAUAUUUAUAAUUAAACUAUUUAAGAUUGUAAAAAGUAUUGUCUUUCAAUUUUUUAAUAUGUUUUUUCAGCAGCUAAAUCCAUCUAUAUUCCCAUAUAAAAUGUUAUAAUGUUUCAUGUAAAUUAUAAUUGAACAUUUUAACAUAAAUGUUCCUAAUGUAUUGAACCUUUAGUUAAGUUCUCGUGAAAUAUCUACGUACCAUUUUCUCCAUAGAAAAUAGUGGGAAAACUAGUUUGUUCUGUAGGAAAGUAACCAUGUUCAUAUCUGCCAAGUCUCCAGUUUUUUAACGAA